AUGGGUAGGAGUAUCAUUGUAGCAGAGAGGAAUCUUUUCUUGAUUCAAGGAGACAAACCUCAACUGAUAAAUUGGGAGAAAUAUGGUUUAAGGAUUGGAGUACAAAAGGAGAGCUUACUGUCCUCUGAGACUGUAGAAGCAGCAGUGGUUGCUCUUGUAGGAGGACAGUUCCAGUUUCCUCCUAAUACUGUCCUGGUCAGUGCUGUGUAUGCAGUAUCACUCUCAAAGCCUCUCCUCAAACGGCUCAUAUUAGAAAUACAGCACUGCCUUGAUUUAACAGGACAACCAGCUCUUAAUUGUCAUCUCAAGUUUGCCAUAGCUCCCGUGAGCACACCCAGUCUUCCUUACCAGUUCUCCAUAGUUGAGGGAGGAGAGUUUAAACCUGAUAGUUGGUAUGGAUCCAUUCAACGUAAAGAGUUCUGUUUGGUAGCUAUUGUUGGAGAGAAACAUCUACCCAAAUCAUCAACUAAUGGAGACGAGUCAGAGGAAGAGGAGGAGGAGGAGGAAGAGGAACAAGCAGAAGAGGAAACUGAGGAGGAAGGGGAAGAUGGUAAUAGUGAUUCAUCCAGUGAUUCUGAUAAGGCUGAAGAUCCACCAGGAGGUAGCAGUGGAGGACAAGGAGAGUCUACUAGUAAUGAGGGAGUAGAGGAAGAGGGGGAGACUGGAGGUCAGCCAUUACAUGAGGAAGGAAAUGAAGAGCAAGAUAAUGAAAGAGUAGAAGAGUCAAAGGAUCAUGAAGAACCACAGCAUAAAGAAGCAACUGCUCCAAUACAUUGCACUGAAAGUAAAGUAGUAGUUUCCACUGGUGUAGUUGAAAAUAUGACAUAUGCUGGACUCAUUUAUUAUGAGAAAAAAGAAGCUGAAGAUUUGGUGACAUUUACUGUUGCUAAAAGCCUUAAUGCACUGCUUGAGUUUAUUGAUAAAAGACACUCUCAAGCUGAAGUUGACCAAGAUAUUCUAUUUCGCUUCAAAGAUUAUGAUGGAUGUGUUGAAUUGAAGUUUGAUGCUCCACAAAAGAAACCUUACACUGGUUGGAGUAUUGAGCCUCACCUUCAGCCUUGCCGAUUUCUUCGUUGUGAUGUUGAUAAGUUUGGUGAUGCUAAUUAUCCUCUUCCUUCACGUUGCCUGAUAUCAGUAUAUGCAUCACCAAAUGCUGUACCAUCACUACAUUACUCUGUACCACUGGAUGGAGUGGCUGAUCCUGUUACAUUAUUCAUUCAUCGAUCACUGAGAACUGCUCCUCCUCCUCCUUCAACAGUACAAGAUACUAGCUCAAGCCCCUCUACUGCUAGUAUCAGCCAAACCAGGAGAGAGACUGAAAAAGGUACAUUUAGAUCUGAUAUUGCUCAUAGAGUAAUGACAGAAUGUACUUCAUUAAUAAAGAAUUGCGGAAUAGAUAUUCACUUCUUAGUUGACAAGUUGCUGGAAAACAAUAUUAUCAAUGCAAGAGAGAAGAGAGAAAUAACUGAUGGCUACACUAAACACACUGCUGGUGAAAGAAUGGAUGAAUUACUCCACAUCAUUUCAAGCUCCAUUAGUAUGGAAGGAGAAGUAUUUGGUAUAUUCUUAGAUAUACUUAGAGAGGAAGGUACUAGAAGAACCAUUGCAUUAGCUGAUAAACUAUUAGAAAAAUAUAAUAAUAUUUAGAUAAUGUUUAUUGUUGUUGUUGUUGUUUUGUUUGUAGCUGAUUUUAUCAAAGCAAUUGCUUUUAAAAAAUUAGAAAAUAAAAUAAAGAAAACUGUAAAAUAUUCUCAAGUAUUUCUACAUGUACAGCUGUCAUAGCAACAAUCAUUUUCCUCAGCAAGGCUACUGAUCUAGUUGUUAGAGUAAUUCUUCUAUAGAAAGUAGAA